GUCUACCACAUCUACAAAUCUCAAACCAAAAGAAACUAAAAUUUGAAAGGACCUAAUUUCAGUUGUAUAAAAGAAACCAAAAUUCGUGUCUUUCUUAAUCUAUUGACAUAUUUCUAAUUUUUUGUACCAAUAUAAAAAGCACACAUACCCACUCUUAGUAUCUAUUUUAAGGUUCACCUACUAUAUACUCUUUCUGUUUGAGUGUUGAAAAGAAAUAACCAAUAAUGUCAUCAGAGAUUGCACAAAGUAUGAUUUCGGUUCCUUUCAAGUGGGAGGAGGCACCAGGGAAGCCUAGGCACUACCACACCCAAUCGGAGCUCGAUAAUAAUACCGUUAGAACCACCUUGGACCUGCCUCCGAGGUUGCUCUUUUUGGAUCCCAAGCUCGAUGUGCCUUCCCCAACAACGGUGUUAGAUGGGCCUUAUGUGGGUCGGGCCAUGUCCUUCACUUCUUCCUAUAGAACUCCCAGGGAUAAUUGGAAUUCCAAUUUUGGGUCCACCAGGUGGAGUAGUUUUAAGAAGGUUCACAAAGAGGGAGAUGAGGGUAGUUUCGACUUUUCAGAUCAGUUUAAGGUGAACAAGAUCCCUAAAGGAGGAAACUUAUCGAGUUUUUCUAAGCCAAAAUCACAUUUGUGGGCAAGCAUUUUUGACAGUUUGAAGCAAGUGGUCCCUUGGAGACGCAGGAAAGAAGCACAGAGGAAAUGGGUUUCCUUAACCGAUACCGUUUAAUAAUCUUUUAGAUUGAAGUCGUGUUAUUACUCCUAUUAAACACAAUAUUUAAGAAGUUAAAUGAUAUUUAGUAUCUAAAUAAAUAAACUUUAUGGGAACAGUUGAUAUAUCAUAAUUUGGUGUCAAUUCUAUUUAUGGGAUUGCAUUUAGCAAA